AUGAGCGCCGUCCACCCGCUCGGACAUAGACGUGACCCUGCGCGACCUGGGGGCUACAUCACCUCCGACCUCUACAACUCCACGCUCGAGGGCACGAAGCCCGCGAGCGACGACACAAGCUCAGCGGAUCUACUGACAUGGGGCGCAAAUCGCAACGCGGCACUCGGUCUGGGCAACGGCGACGACAGGGUCUACCCAGAACAGGUCGUCGUGCGCCCGUCCGAGGGAUCCGCGGCGAAGGAGAAGGAGAACGUCGACGCGCGAUUCGCGCCCAUCCGCGUGGGGCAAGUCGUCACCAUGUCGAGGCCUCACACAGUGGUGGUCACGUCCGAGCCCCACGCGAGCCUGCGCGUGUGCGGCUUUGGGAGCGGGGACGCUGGGGGCCUGGGCAGCACACGCAGUCCAGCCUCGUCCUUCUCCCGCACUUCAGCGGACCACACGCCUCUGGUGACCAAGUCUGGCAAGAUGUACAGUUGGGGCCUCAACAGGUUCUCGCAGUCGGGCUAUGCAGUCGAGGUCGCCCACGGCGCUAGGGGACGGGUAGAGGAGCCGAUUCAGGUCACCGCGCGCAAGGUGGUAGGUCCUCUGAAGAACAAGGCAGUCUUGGGCGUCGCCGCAUGCAAGACUUGA